GCUCUUUAGAGCUACUUCCGGUGGCCGCACCCCCUUACCCCCGGGCGUCUCCAUUUUGGCCGUGGGUGGAGUGGCGGCUAGGAAGAGAGGAUUAUCGGUGUGGGGUCAUCAGUACUCCGAGGGCCGAGUCGGUUCAACGCACUUUCUCAUUUCCUUCCUCUGCCCGCAGAAGCCGGGGGCGCGCAUGGCGGGCUUGGAGGUACUGUUCGCGUCUGUGGCGCCCACGAUCACCUGUGCGCAGGACGCGCUCAUCUGCUUCCUGCACUGGGAGGUGGUGACGCACGGCUACUGCGGCUUGGGUGUCGGCGACCAGCCGGGUUCCAGUGACAAGAAAUCAGAGCUGCUGCCCGCUGAGUGGAACAGCAACAAAGACCUGUACACGCUCCGGUACCAGUCCAAGGACGGGUCCCGGAGGCUCCUCGUGAAGGCCAUCACCGUGGAGAACAGCAUGAUCAUCAACGUGCUGGAAUAUGGCUCAGAGCAAGUGUCAGACUUGACGCUCAACUUGGAUGAUUAUAUCGAUUCAGAACACCUGACCGACUUCCACAGGACCUACAAGAACAGUGAGGAGCUUCGGUCUCGUAUUGUGUCUGGAAUCAUCACACCUAUCCAUGAGCGCUGGAACAAGGCUAGUGCAAGCAGUCCCCACCGAGAGCUUCCCCCGGCCACUCCCGAAGAGGUGGACCCUCUCCGGAUUUACCCGCAGCGCCCACAGCACCCACAAACUAGCCGGCAGCCUUCCUGGCGUGAUCCCCUGGGCCCGUUUGCUGUCGGGGGAGAGGACCUAGACCCCUUCGGGUAUCGGAGAGGGGGUAUGAUUGUGGAUCCCCUGAGAUCUGGCUUUCCAAGAGUACCUAUUGACCCAUCCUCAGGCCUCCCAAACCGGCUUCCUCCAGGCGCUGUGCCCCCAGGAGCGCGCUUUGACCCUUUUGGACCCAUUGGGACCAGCCCGCCCGGACCCAACCCAGACCACCUCCCCCCGCCGGGCUUCGAUGACAUGUACCUGUGAAGGCCUCAAGAAUGUAACAUCCCAGCCUUCCCUCCGCUCUCCUGGAGCUGCCAUCUCUGGCCCCAUCAGCAGCCGUGUUCUUGCGGGCUGGGGGCACGGGAUUCUGCCCAUGUGGUUGCAGGCUGGCUGGGAUCGCCUCACUCCCCCGUCAGAGCCAGGGCACCUGUUGCAGCUUUCCACCCGGCUGCACAUAGGUCCCAAAGAGAAAUCGGUGUCUGUCUCCCACCACAAGCUCCUCCCUGCUUUCCCAGGGAGACUCCGGCAACAUAUAUCCUUGACCUGAUGCUGAUGCAGCGCUAUAAGAACAGAACGCAUUUUGGAUGUUAUUAUUAAGAGCCAAAUGUCAAUACAGAAGUCCUGUUGCCGUCUCUCACUUUUUUUUUUUACUGCACAGAUGCUUUCAGUUGUGAGAGUUUGGGGUUUGACUCCUUGUGGGCCUCUAUGACUCUCUUCCUACCCAUGGUCCAUCCUUACUUCUCAGCUGCCUUCCCUUCCUAAAUUGCUGUUUGCUCCUGACUGGACUAAGAUGGGUCCCAGUGUGGCUGCGUGGAUGAAAAUGAGUGACUGGAAACCCCACAGGCCGCAAGGACAGCUUUCACACAGGCAGGCACAUUGCAGAAAGACCGCAUCCUUCUGUGAAGGGCAGAAUCCUCCAGUUCUGUCUGUCUGGCCCAGUCCCCUGAGUCCGGCUGUGCUGGGGCGAUGGCAGCCUAUAAACAGGAAUAAACAGGACACACCUGGGGGCCGGUCUCAUUUUUUCCUGUAACUUACUAAGGGACCCUAAGUCCUUUACCCUCCCAUGGCCUUCGUGCCCCACCUGUGAAAUCUGAGGUGCCCUUCCUACUCUAAAGCAAUCUGAUAUCUGCCUCUGAGUAUGGUGAGCCCUGGGAACUGGGGCAAAAGGAAAAGGAAGAAAGUUCAAGGCUUUGUGUGGUACUCACCUACAGAGGCUGUACUUCUGCCUCUCAUCCCUGGUGGGGCCCAGAAGCCCAGGACCAUGGGCUGUAUCAGAGAAGAUGGUCUUAAAUUUCGGGAGGAGCAGGAGGCCAGCCUCGAAGCCAGUGGCUGGGGUGGAUGGAAGAACUAGUCAAGCACGAAACAACCCAGGAAGGCAUUUGACCCCCAGGGAGCCCCGCCUCGGAAGCCUGUGCCCUCUGUCCUGGACUGCCUGACCUUUGGUGUUCUCCGGAUCCUUUUCAGCCCGAGGCCUGACAGACGCGGUCAGUGAUGAACCUUGUGCUGGAGUGGAAAGAGCACCAUAGAGCAUCAGGCUCAGAGGCAAGAGAUCAAAGCACUGGUCCCUUUGGCUGCACAACUAGCAUUUCAACCACGUUUGGGUCCUUUCACUUCUCAGCUCCUUGGGGUUCCUUUGCCCAAAUUAGGACAUACCAUUUGUUCGUGGAUAGGGAGCUACCAGAUCCUUCCUGAGGUAUCUGCUAAUGCGCUGUAUCCUGUCUGCCUUGCCUGAGAGUGGGUUAGGGGUAAAAUAAACUGGCGCAUAGGCCCAGGGUGAGCCUGAGCCGGAGGCCGGGCCUGGGUGGGGAGGCCAGCCUGAGUGGGCUCGCUGGGCAUUUCUGGCAGACCCCAUCUCGAGCUCUGAUCUAGCCAAAGGCCACUUUGAGCCUUCUAGAACAUGUCUGCUCUGGAGAAAGACCCAGAGGUCGGGCAGAGUUAUGAGUGCACGCAUCAGUCAUAGUUUUCUUCCUCAAGGCCAGCAGCAAAUGGGCGGGAUGUUUUUGUUUUAAAAUCGGAUCAUAUCUGCUACCGAAAAGACUUGGGGCAGUUUGCUCACAAAAGCACCCUUUACUGUAAAAGGAAGCAUUUAGGGGAACAUCAGACAGAGACCAUCAGACAAGCAGGGAAAGGGUAGAUGAUUUUUAGGACCCUUAUUCAAAGAAGAGCUUGAAACAAUCAAUUUGCCACUUAGAUUUUCUAGUGGCAAAGGUCAGAAGGCUAGUCCUAUUCAUGAUUCUGUUUUCUGAAAACGUUAGUGAUUCAUCUGCAGAAUCAGCCAUUUUGUGUGGGGGGUCUCCUUGCAUCAAGGACACUGAGGGACACAGGUGAUGUCUUAGCUGCUACCUGGGGCUCCUGGGAACUUCCAAGUCCAGCUGUCUGUGCUUGUAUCGGGCCGUGUCCCUCCCUUAAGCCACAGGUAGUCACUGGGCAGCAAAUGGGAAUGGUUCGGGUGUGUGCACUUUGGAGCCCGAAAGGUUGGAGCCUUAAUAAAUAUCAGCACUUAA